AUUGGAAAAAGCGAAAAUGAUUGAGAUUGCGGUUCACGAAUCUAGAAAAAUGGCCCGUAGUGAAAUAAGCGAGGUGAACUAUUUUGACCGUCGUGGUUCGUACAGUCAAUCUCGUAACGUAGUGCAGAAAGGGAAGUUUGGCGAAGCAAGCAACUCAUGGAGAGGGCAAGGUGUUUCAACAAGUCAUGGUGGAACAUUCAAACCCAAUAACCAAACCGUGUGUUACAAUUGUUAUAACAAGGGCCACCUGUCAUACGACUGCAUGCUACCGAAGGCCAAAAAACCUAGAUCUAGUGCUCCAACACAAAGAAGCUAUGGGAAUAGGAAACGUGCUUUCGAACAACGGAUUAAUCAACUGACGGCUGCCAUGGAGGAACUCAAAUCUUCGUUUAAUCAUGAGGAUCAGCAGUGUGACAAGCAAUCCAGUGGAGGAUCUGACGACGACGAAGACGACGAGCAGUCAGCUAACUGGGUAAAUAAUGUAUUGCUCGAUCGCGAAUAAAAUACGAACGUUCUUGUAUCAUCAUCAUCAAACCCCGUCGACAGGCGAUAAAAUCAUACCGAAUGAACGAGUUUUCUCAUUUGUCCCACGUUCUGAAUUAUCUAAUUUAAGACAAAUAGAUUUCACCCGUAAGCCAAACGAAACUGAACCUUUACAAAGCAUGAAGUGGAAACCAACAGACAAAGUCAUUUAUACAUAUAAAGCAAAUGGUAAAAGUUUCAAACAUGAAGCAAAAAUUAUCAAACCUUUGUCUAAAUUAGUCUAUUUAAUCGAGAUAGGAGGUUCAACUAGAAGAGCACAUGUAAAUCAACUAAAACUUAUACCUCAAACACCGCUUAUCUUGAACAAGGACAUAGAAUUUAAUAGUUCCCCAAACGAUAUCAUAGAUAACAGUUCUUGCACAAGCAGUCCAGAUGAAGAUUCAAUCCAAGAGAAAGAUUUAACUCCCCAAAAAAUCAUAGACCAGAAUACAACACAAUCAACACGCCGUUCAAAUAGAAAUAAAAUCUCCAGAUACAGCAACUUGAACUUAGAAAAGUUGGCUAGAAAGAAUGUAUAAUGGUGUAUAAAUAUCAAUUAGGAAAAGAAUAUUGUUGAAGGGGUGAGAUGUGAGGUGAAGAAUUUAGAGUGUAGACUAAUGAACACUUAGAGUGAACUCCAGAUAAUCUCCAGUG